GCGAGAGAGGAACCGAUCGAGGCAAUCAAUAGCAUAAUUGCACAUAGGGGAGGAGAGAAAACUGUAAUAGCAUCAUAACUAUGGCGGGGGUGUCACUGCAGUGCGGGGAUUGUGGGGCCCUCUUGAAGUCCGUACAGGAAGCGCAGGAGCACGCCGAGCUCACUACCCACUCCAACUUCUCGGAAUCGACGGAGGCCGUUCUCUCUCUCGUUUGCACCACUUGCGGCAAGCCUUGCCGAUCCAAAACAGAAAGUGAUUUGCAUACAAAGAGAACUGGGCAUACGGAGUUUGUAGAUAAGACUUCAGAGGCAACAAAACCAAUAAGUUUGGAGGUUCAAAAGGAGGCCAUGGAUACAGAAGAGGCUCUUAAUGCUCUCAGUACUAACCAGCCUGAAGAAAUGGUUGUUCCAGAGGUUGAUAAAAAGUUGCUUGAGGAACUUGAAGCAAUGGGGUUCACAACUGCACGAGCUACUCGGGCUCUCCAUUACUCUGGUAACAACAGUCUUGAUGCUGCUGUAAAUUGGAUAGUUGAACAUGAGAGUGACCCAGACAUAGACCAAAUGCCCUUGGUACCUGUCAACAGCAAAACAGAGGAUCCAAAACCUUCUCUCACACCAGAAGAAAUAAAGCUCAAAGCACAAGAAUUAAGAGACCGAGCUCGUAAGAAGAAAGAGGAGGAAGAAAAGAAACUGGAAAGGGAAAAGGAAAAGGAGAGAAUUCGAAUUGGCAAGGAACUCUUAGAAGCUAAACGAAUCGAGGAAGAAAACGAAAGAAAACGUAUACUAGCCUUACGUAAAGCAGAGAAAGAGGAAGAGAGAAGAGCUAGAGAGAAGAUUCGUCAGAAACUUGAAGAAGACAAGGUUGAAAGAAGAAGGAAGCUUGGAUUGCCUCCAGAGGAUCCUGCGACUGUAAAACCUGCUGCACCUGUUGUGGAGGAGAAAAAGAGCUCAUUGCCUGUUAGGCCUGCUACAAAGGCUGAACAAAUGAGGGAGUGCUUGCGAUCCCUUAAGCAAAACCAUAAGGAUGACGAUGCCAAAGUGAAGAGAGCUUUUCAGACUCUCUUGACAUAUAUAGGGAAUGUUGUCAAAAAUCCUGAUGAAGAGAAGUUCAGAAAGAUCAGACUUAGUAACCAAUCCUUUCAGGAUAGGGUUGGCGCAUUGAGGGGAGGCAUUGAGUUCCUUGAGCUUUGUGGGUUUGAGAAGAUGGAAGACAAUGAGUUUUUGUUUCUUCCUAGGAACAAUGUUGACAUAGCAGUGCUGAACUCAGCUGGCUCUGAGCUAAAUUCAGCAAUUAACAAUCCUUUUUUCGGGGCUCUGUGAGCGACAAUGGAUUUGGGAACGUGACAAUUUUAUUUUAUUUUUGGCAAAAAUGCUAUUUUCGUAUCUGGGAUUGUUAAGCAUACACUCUGAAUUAAAAUGCAUGGUUGAACAUUUACUUAUUUUGUGACUUUGUUGCUCUAUGUUGGUUGUUACAUCUAUUUGGUUUCAUUGUUACAGC